GUUUUCAAAUCCCACGCUUCUAUUUAACCUCACUUCCCCUGCCCACUUCCUCCUCACCCUUUACUCAUUUCUUCUCUUCCAAAUAUCCGUUUCAUUUGGUUACUAUGAGAAAUAGCCUUAGGCCUCUCCUGGUUUCUCUGUUCCUUUUCAUAUCAUAUUCUUCUGCAUCUAACGAAGGGCUGCUAAGGAUUGGACUGAAAAAGAUCAAAGUGGAUAAAAACAAUCGGUUAAAAGCACGGCUUGAGUCAAAAAAAAGACUAAGAGAGUUUAAUAAUCUAGGAGAAUCUACGGAUACUGAUGUUGUAGCAUUAAAGAAUUAUUUGGAUGCUCAAUACUAUGGAGAGAUUGGCAUGGGCACUCCACCUCAAAAGUUCACUGUAAUUUUUGACACUGGAAGCUCAAAUUUGUGGGUGCCAUCUUCGAAAUGCGUUUUCUCGAUUGCUUGCUUUUUCCAUGUCAGGUAUCAAUCAAAGAAGUCAAACACAUACAAAAAAAAUGGAACAUCUGCUUCUAUCCAGUAUGGUUCAGGAGCUAUUGCCGGUUUCUUUAGUUAUGACAGCGUUCAAGUUGGUGAUCUCGUUGUUCGUAAUCAGCAAUUCAUUGAGGCAACUAGCCUGUCUAGUAUGACAUUCAUAGCUGCUAAGUUUGAUGGUAUAUUGGGACUUGGAUUUCAAGAGAUCUCGGUCGGUAAUGCUGUUCCAGUGUGGUAUAACAUGAUUAAACAAAAACUUGUCAAGGAACCAGUUUUCUCAUUUUGGCUCAAUCGCAAUGCCGAGGAGGAAGAAGGAGGUGAACUUGUAUUUGGCGGGGUCGAUCCCAAGCACUUCAAAGGCCAGCAUACAUACGUGCCUGUGACAAAGAAAGGGUAUUGGCAGUUCAACAUCGGCGAUAUUCUUAUUGGUGAUAAACCAACUGAAUAUUGUGCUCAUGGUUGCUCCGCUAUUGCUGAUUCUGGAACUUCUUUGUUGGCUGGUCCAUCUAAUAUAGUGACAUUAAUAAAUAAAGCCAUUGGAGCUUCUGCAGCUGCUCAUCAAGAAUGCAAGGCAAUUGUUUCACAACAUGGACAGACUAUUAUGGAUUUGCUUUUAGCUAAGGCACAACCAGAGAAGAUUUGCUCCAAAAUUGGGGUUUGUACCUUUGAUGGAACCCAUGGCGUUAGUAUGAGAAUUGAGAGUGUGCUGAAUGAGAAAGAUGGUAGAUCAUCUGGUAGUUUCUCCGAUGCGAUGUGCUCUGCUUGUGAGAUGGCUGUUUCCUGGAUGCAAGAACAGCUGAAGCAGAACAAAACUCGAGAUGAUAUUAUUAAUUACGUCGAUGAGUUAUGUGAUCGAGGCUCAAACCAGGGAGAAACAUUGGUCAACUGUGAUCGGAUCUCUGAAAUGCCUACCGUGUCCUUCACCAUUGGCGACAAAAUUUUUGAACUUGACUCAACAGAUUACAUUCUCAAGGUGAGUGAUGGAGCUCAAGCUCAAUGCAUCAGUGGAUUCAUACCUUUGGACAUUCCUCCUCCUCGUGGACCCCUCUGGAUCUUGGGAGACAUCUUCAUGGGACGCUACCACACAGUCUUCGAUUCUGGCAAAGUGAGAGUCGGAUUCGCCGAGGCCGCUUGAAUAAAUCAUCUUGGGAGACACAUCUAACACAUCUAUAUGCAUCUUUACAGAAGCAAUGAAGUUAUUAAUAAU